CUCGGGCCAAGUGCGGGGCGGCGGGCCAGGGCGCCGGGCGCUGAGCCCCCGCGGGCCCCUGCUCCCCGGCCGCGCACAGCCGAACCCGGAGAGCGCACGGAGGCGCAGCCAGGGAAGCGCCGCCAGCGUCGGCCGCCUGCGUCUGGGGAAGAGCGGCGCCUUGGGAGCUAGCCAUGCCCGGCGCCCCGGCGUAGCCGCGGGGGCCGCUCCCGGGAGCCGCGGGCCGGGCCCACCGCGCGCCGAGGACCAUGCCGCCCCCGGUCCGGGCGCCGCCGCUCGGGCUUCUGCUGGCGUUGAUGGCCCUCCGCUGCCCAGUGAUGGAGAGCCGAGCCAUCGUGGACAGCCUGCAGAGGUUCUCCUCACUCCCCGCUUACCUUCCCACGAGCUUCCACAUCUCUAACGCAGAGGAGUCCUUCUUUCUUAAAGAGGCCAACCAGGACAUCACGCGGAACUCCAGUCUGCAGACCCGGGUGGAGUCUUUCUUUAUCUACCGAGCCAGGAGACCCCCAGUUGUCAAUGCCAGCUAUGGUCCAUUUUCCGUGGAAAAGACAGUCCCCCGGGAGCUCAUGCUGACUUCUACAUCCUUUGGCCACGUGGGCCAGUUUCCCUUUAAUUGGAAGGUGAAAGCCCACAUCCUCGAUAGCUCCAUUUACUCCAACAGACCCAAAGUGCAGACCUUGUUUUAUAUCACUGGGAUGGGCUGGGCUGAUGGUGACCCUGCGGAACAACUACCCUGUGUCAAGAUGUUUGCUUUCCCCGAGGCCAGGGAAGUGGCGGCCAGCUGUCGGCUGCAAGGGACCCCGGGGCUGUGUGUGGCCGAGCUGGAGCUGCUGCCUGAGUGGUUCAGCUCCGGGCUGGACCUGGAGCCUGAGGAGGAGAUCCCAGCCCUGCUCGGCGGCACGGCCAUGGAGCUCUUCUUCGCGCUCUACCCCGCUGAUCUGGCCGGUCAGUGUCCCCUGGAAGAGGAUGGCAAGUGGGAGAAUAACAUCCACUCGGGUCAGGACAGCCCCCCGCCGGCACCCCCAGCCCGGGAGAGGAUUGGGAGUGUCGUGGUCUACCCGACCCAAGACGAUCUGCGGUGGUCCUUGCUGAACCUGGAUGAGAAUGUCGUCCUCUCUGUGCCGCUGAACCUCAUCCGGGAAGGGGACACAGCCACCUUUUUGGUCUCCCUGACUAGUGCCUCCGUGGCAGACCACUUCACUCUUAGAAUUAAGGCAGCAGCCGGUGUGAAAAUAACUGCAGUGAGAGUCAGCAGCGAGGACCAGUGGGCAGUCCAGGAAGAAAUAGAUAACGACAGCGUUCAGACCACGGCCACCCUCACAUGCGUGGGCCAUCACCCGGACACACAGAGCAGAACAAAUGGCUCCUUCUACGAGAUCUUGCAAGUGGACUUUGGAGUUGACAACAGCAGUGGCCUGGCUGGUGCCCAGCAGAUCACCUGGCAGGUGGAGUACCCUGUGGAGGAUGCCCCGAGGGAGCUGGUCGUCUCCGAGAUCUUCAUCAGCCAGACCUCCUUUGUGGGCAUUGUCCCACUUGCAAUGGACUCGGAGGUUCUGAACACUGCCAUUCUCACUGGGAAGGUUGUUUCAGUUCCCGUCAAGGUGGUGGCAGUUCAAGAGGAUGGUUCGGUGGUGGACGUGUCAGAGGCUGUGGAAUGCAGGUCUGCGGAUGAAGACGUCAUCAAGGUCUCCAACGGCUGUGAUUCAGUUUUUGUGAAUGGGAAGGAGAUGAAGAGCAAAGUGGACACGAUCGUGAACUUCACCCACCAGCACUUCACCUCCCAGUUAGAGGUCACGGUCUGGGUGCCCAGACUCCCCCUGCAGGUUGAGAUCUCGGACACGGAGCUGAGCCAGAUCAAAGGAUGGAGGAUCCCAGUGGCCUCCAAUCGAAGGCCCACCCGAGACAGCGAAGACGAGGAGGAUGAGGAGAAGAAGGGGAGAGGGUGCUCGCUGCAGUACCAGCACGCCCUCGUGCGCGUCCUCACCCAGUUCGUGGCUGAGUCCCCUGACUCGGGUCAGCUGAGCUACAUGCUGGGCCCUGACUGGCAGUUUGACAUCACCGACCUCGUGAUGGAUUUCAUGAAGGUGGAAGAGCCGAGAAUCGCUCAGAUACAGGAUGGCAGGACCCUGGUGGGCCGGGAGCCGGGCAUCACCACCGUGCAGGUCCUGUCGCCUCUCUCUGACUCCAUCCUGGCUGAAAAAACCGUGACCGUCCUGGAUGACCGGGUCACUAUCGUGGACCUGGGUGUGCAGCUGGUGGCCGGCUUGUCUCUUUCCCUGCAGCCUCACAGGUUGGACAAAAGAGCCAUCGUCUCAACAGCAGCUGCCCAGGAUGUUCUUCAAGCCCCACAGCAGGAAGCCAUCAUCAGUUCUUGGAUUUUGUUCAGCGAUGGUUCAGUGACACCUUUAGACAUUUACGAUCCCAAGGAUUUUUCAGUUACUGUCUCAUCUUUGGAUGAAAUGGUGGUGUCUGUCCAGGCAAGCCUUCAGUCCAAAUGGCCAGUUGUGGUUGCAGAGGGGGAAGGGCAAGGGCCCUUGAUUAAACUGGAAAUGAUGAUCAGUGAGCCCUGUCAGAAGACCAAGAGGAAGAGCAUUCUUGCCGUGGGGAAAGGGAACGUCAAAGUCAAAUUUGAGCCCAGUAUUGAUGAGCACCAGGGAGGCACCAACGAUAUUGAGGGCAUAAACCGGGAAUAUAAAGACCACCUCAGUAACACCAUAGAUCGUGAGGGAAACCAGGAGAGAGCGGUUCAGGAGUGGUUCCAGCAUGGUGCCUCUGUUGGCCACGAGGAAAAUACCAACAAAAGCACAACCCCACAGUCUCCCAUGGAGGGAAAAGACAAGAAGACGCGCAAGAGCGGUGGUCCAGAUGCCUUCACAAGCUUCCCCGCUCAAGGGAAGUCUCCGGAACCCCAUAAUCCUAGUGACCUCACGGUGACCUCCAGGGGGCUUACUGACUUGGAGAUCGGCAUGUACGCCCUGCUCUGCGUCUUCUGCCUAGCCAUCUUGGUCUUCUUGAUCAACUGUGUGGCAUUUGCUUGGAAAUACAGACACAAAAGAUUUGCCGUGAGCGAGCAAGGCAACAUCCCCCAUUCCCAUGACUGGGUCUGGCUGGGGAAUGACGUGGAGCUUCUAGAGAACCCGGUGGACGUGACCCUCCCGUCGGAGGAGUGCACCACCAUGAUUGACAGGGGGCUGCAGUUCGAGGAGAGGAACUUCCUUCUGAACGGCGGUUCCCAGAAGACUUUCCAUAGUCAGCUGCUCAGACCUUCUGACUAUGUCUAUGAGAAAGACAUGAAAAAUGACCCUCUGAGUUCCACAGGCCCCAAGAGGAAGAGGGUCAAGUUUACUUCCUACACCACCAUCCUCCCAGAGGACGGCGGCCCCUACACCAACUCCAUCCUGUUUGACAGUGAUGACAACAUCCAGUGGGUCUGCCCAGAUAUGGGGCUGGGAGAGUCCCAGGGCUUCAGAGACUACAUGGAGAGGCUGCAGGACCAGAUGUGAACUCCUUUCUCAUGUUUGUAUUCACCUUUAUGCCUUCUGUUUUUUGAAUGGUGGAGCCGUGAGUCUGAUCAGCAAUAGGGGAUGAUUUAACAGAGCUUCAUUUGUGGCGGUCUGGCGGGAUCCCUUUCUAAGCAGGUAUCAGAGAGAGCAAAGGCAGCUGGGUUUGAAGCUAGGCACUGUCUCUGAGUCGGCCACGUGUGGGUCCUAGAGAAAUUCUAAGACAAUGAUUUUAUCUGCUGCCUGGUACUAGCUCAGUUCCAGUAGAAUAAACCUGACCCCACAGACAUUGUUAAUCAUCUCAUGGCAAAACAGCCGUGUGGAAUUAGAAAAGACUUGGGUUUGAUUUUUCUACUCCUAGACCUUUUAAAGCACAGUGGACAUUUCUUGCCCUUGGCCUGAGAUUGGACAUACCUGAAAGAUGCUGAAUGUAGCCGCCCAUAUUUGUUACGAGCAUUGCUCAUUAUUUUUAUAUAUCUUUGCACUCGCACCUGGUUCCUUUGACCUCUGCAGUUCUUUUUGAAACAUGAAGACAAGAGAUGCCAUUCUUUUCUCUGAGACCUGUUUGGUUUACAUAUGAGUUUUAGUCCCCACGAUUUGCCAUGUCCUGUUAUUUCCUGGGUGUCUGUGCGGGAGUUCAGGGUCUUUCCAGUUUUCCACACUUCAUCACUUAGGGGCAAUAGCUAAGAAGCUAAUCCUCAUGCUGUCUUUCCUUUUUUGUGGUUGAACUUUGUUGUCUUGAUAGGGACGUGGGAUUUUACUUAAAAUGUUAAUGUACUGUGAGGGGGGCCAUCUCCCUUACAGUUUUCUAUAUGAUGCUUAAAAACUUUGGAGAAAAAUUAUGAACUGUGAACCUUUUAUCUUCUGCUUGCAGGAGUCAUGAGGACCUCCUUCUUGGAGUGCGUUUCCGAGGGCAAAGCAGUCCUCAAAAUAGUUGUAUUGAUACUAAUGCUUUGUGGUCGACACUUUGUUAUCCAAACUGAUAUCAAGGUCUAGAAAUGAUACGCACAGAAAGGAAAUUGCAUAGAAAGUACCUUCAGAUGAAACUUUUCUUUUACCAGAGCCAAACUUUAUUAGAACAGUAAGUGGAAUGAUGUUUCAACUUAGUAAUACAUAGAAAUCUACCCAUUCAAUGAUUUCCACCCCACCACAAAAAAAAGCUCAUAUAUAAACAUAUAUAUAUAUAUAUAUAUAUAUCCCUAGUCAUGACUCUGGCAGAGGUAAAACCUAUACAGGGUGUACAUUAAUCAAGAAAAGCAAUGGUUUUUUUUUUCCCAAAAAAUUCAUAAAAUAAAUGACUAUUCCAGAAGCUUGAGAAGCAGUUGUGAUGAAAAACCAUAGCUAUUGGGAAAUUGAAAUGGCAAGCAAGAGAGAGAGGAAAAAAAAAGCAUGAUUCCUGCAUAAUUUUAAAAUAAAUAAUGUUUUUCAAAGAACAGCAUGCCUGGUCUCAAGCAAAGCAAGAAGUUCAGAUUAGGAAACUAUGGCAACAUUCUAUUAGGAUGUGAUAGCUGGAAAAACAGACACUGGAUGAGUAUGCCUCAUUCCAAGCUUUCUUGAACCAUUUGCAUCUCAGAGAAGUAGAAGUUUAAAGACCCAAAGUGGCCAGGACCUGCAGGAGGUGUUGAAACAGUUCCUUGACUCUUCGAUGGCUGAUGACUGGGCUGUUUAUAAGGGUGUGAUUCAGUGGUUCUCUUAUAGGGUUCCAUGGACAGGAACAUGACAGCUAGCCUCCUCCAGCCACGACAUGGCAGAUGUAGCGUUCUCCCUGUGUCUCCUGCCCGGGGACAGGACUACAGUACAUUUAUAAACCAUGCCUAAGUUACCAGUGAUGCACUGCCUGACCUCCAGGGGCUGGUGUUCAGUUGCUCUUGUGUUUAAAACGGGGAUUAGGAACUGAAGCUGGUAAGGUUGCCCAAAUCUUCCAGUUCGAUUGGGAAAUGAAGUCAGGAGACCCAGGUGUUGGCUCCCAAAGGAGUUUGCAAAGAGAUGGCUGACACCUUUUAGGAAGAGCUGCUCUGGUAGCCAAAGGAAGCUGCCUCUGCUUUUCAAAGGACUUGGUGGGGAGGUUGCUCAAAACCGACUGUGUAGGGCUGGAGAGAAAUUCACAUCCUAAUGGAAGCAGAGCUGUCCAUAUGAGUCCUGCUCCCCCUAUAAGAUAUUUUCAAUUUUCUUUCCAUUUGACAGUCCAGACAUAAUAGGGGUUUCGUUUCUAAAACUGAGGAACCUCAACUGAUGCAGGGAGUGAAUCUCACACACACAGCAGGCUGGCUCCCACUGGUAAAAUGAGAGUUUCCAUGGGAAGAAUUCAGGGGAAGAGGAACCUACCAUUGUCAUGAGGAGCCUUAUUCAGGAGCAUACAAGUUAGGCCACCUUCUAUAGCCUGAGUGCUUGACGUGAUGCAAAGAACACACUGGGGAGAAUUAGAAGGAACCCUUGGUUUCUAGCUCAGUUGGUAAAGAGUCUGCCUACAAUGAGGGAGACCUGGGUUUGAUCCCUGGGUUGGGAAGAUCCCCUGGAGAAAUGAAAGGAUAUAUAUUCCAGUAUUCUGGCCUGGAGAACUCCAUGGACUGUAGUCCGUGGGGUCGCAAAGAGUCGGACACGGCUGAGCAACUUUCACUUUCACUUGGUUUCUCAACAGGGCUGGGAGCUGACCGUGGUCCUGAAGGCGCCCCCUGUGGUUACGUAAGCUAGCGUCCCCCAGAGUGAUGCAGGCUGCAUAAACCACCUUUGCUGGCUUGUGUUGAGAUUCAGCCAGCUCAAAAUAAAUAUCAAAUGGAAGGUUUCGGGGGAAGGGUCCCUUUUACCACACAACACACACUUCCCUAUACUCACACAUACAUACUUAUACCCACGUGUGUGUGUGUGUGUGUGUGUGUGUGUGUGUGUGUGAAUAGUGAAGAGCCAGAAAUUCAGUUAUCUGUGGGAAUCAACACUGUCAGUUGUUCUCAGAUUGGGCAUGGACAACUACUCAGCUGAACAGAAUUUCACCGAAGCUCUUUCUGUUCUAAAUACUUCCUACUGGCUAGAACCCAUGUGCUAUGUCCGCUUGAUUUCCAACCCGGUUAAUUUAAAACAAAUGGAAACUAUGCUUCCAAAGUAUUUAAACCAGAAUGGGGGGAAUGAUGUAAAUUAAGUAAGCCUUGAAAUACGGUUCUCUGAGGGGGUGGGGGGAGGCAUGCAUUUGCCUGGAUUUUCCAGGUUUUUAUGGCCGAGAUAUGCAAAGGAUUGGUGUCAAAAACCUGAAAUAAAUGAUGUAGAUAGAAUCCUUUUCUCUCCCAUAAAAACGGGAUGCCCAGGCUCCCCCUGAGGCAGACACCAGCAGCCUCGAAUGGGGCAGCAGGCCGUGAGCUCCGUGAAUCACAUGAGGGGCAAUUCAGAUGCCACAUGAGGACCAGGUGACCUACAACCAUGGAGGAUAUGAAACUACCGUCUCCAGGCCAGCAUACAGCUAUCAAGGAGCAGCUGCCACACGAAAUUACUGGAGUUUAAACCUGCAGUGUUACAUUUGAGAGAAAACAAAAGACACUGGAAGUUUUCCCCAGAAACUUUCCUCAAAGAACACAUAAGGUAGCUGACCUCAGAAUACUCCAUGUGAACCAAGAGAGAAUCAUUGACCCCUGGUGGUUUUCUGUUGCACACUGGCCAGGCUGCAUUCCCAGACUGUGAUCAUGCUUAGACUGUAGGCAGAGAGUGUUUUAUUUAUAAAACAUUAAUGCAGGGGAAAAAAUGGAUCAACUUUUGUCCCAUUGCCACAUCUGUGGAAGAAGGAUUUUGUACCUGGGAAAUUUUAAGUUUUAGGAAUCGUGCAUGUUGAUCAGCUUUCUCGUCUCACUCUUUUAGAAAAUGUCUUCCCAAUGUUGGGAUGUGGGGAUCACAGUAAAGUUUCUGUCAGGGAAGACCACUCAUUCCAACUCCACUGACCACAGAAGGUGGUUCCGUCUGAAUCCUUCCAUCACCUUUCUACUCUCACCAACUCAAAAACAGCCUCAGAUCUCCAUUCUAGUCUCUGCAAAUGACAAGAUAGGUGGUCUAUAAACCCAGCAACCAUCUCCUCCCUCAAAACUGUAGUAUGUGUAAUGUAUUGCGUGUCACCUGUCAUGUGAAGGAACAGUAUGGGUGGUGGAAAAGUUAUGCUCAAAUAUGGAUAGCAGAUAUUUUUGUAUGUAAUAUAGGCAAUAUACUGAAACACUGAAAGGUGUGUUGGAAUAAAUACCUUUUCAAAUAAAAGCAUGCAAAGCCGUAGCUUUUAAAUGUACAGACAUCCCGCUCAGAAAUAUCUAAACUGAUGGUGGGAAACAUCAGAACUCGACAUCGUGAAAUGCACUGAAUUAGAGGUGCAGCCUUUAGAGGGCAUGGCUUCUGUUGGGACUGCGGAUGGAACCUGCCAGAACAUUUUGAUCUUACUCUUCCUUACUUUUGGAUUUCUUUUUCCUUUUUUCUUUCUUUUUUUCCCAGAACUAUUUCAGAAAUAAAGUGACUUUGUUUUUCAGCAUAAAGGUAUAUUCUAACCACAGGGUAACUCGUCCUUUUUAACAUGAAAAUAAACAUUUAAACAUUC